UUGUCCAUGAAUGCAGCAUUGCUAUUAGCUUAUAUAUUAUAGCCAAGAAGCUAUACGCUGCUAUUCAGAUUAGUUUUUAGAUUAUCGAUCAUAACAGUUAUGUCUUUUAAAAGAGAAGGUGAUGAUAAAAGCCAGCUGAAUCUCCUUAAGAAACGUCGUGUGGCAGACCUUUUGUCUAAUUUUAUUCCAGAAGAUGAGGCUGCUCUUAUGAAAAACGGAAGGUACACUUGCCUUGUGUGUUCCUACCGUCCUGUGUUUGAUACAGUCGACAUGUUGGCAGUCCACAGAAAAGGAAAGAGGCAUCUAGACGGGCUAAAAGCAUUUUAUGGCAAGAAAGCACGGCUGAAGACUGAAAUAACAAAACGGCAACAUGAAAACUAUGUCCAGGCUGAAGAAAAAAGGCAGGAGCCCUCCAGUUCAGCCCCAUUACUAGCACAAACACGGAAGCUCACCCAUCAUGCUUUGCUGAAAACGGUACCAUAUAACAGCUGCCAUAGAAAAACCAGUACAAAAUCUGAAAAAGUGACAGCAAGCACCAGCUCAAACCCCAGUGACAACAUGACAUCUGCAUGCUGGGAGUCUGGCAUUUCAGUGAACACGUCACAAAGCAACUCUACUGUCUGUUCAACAGCCAAUAACGAGCCACAUCCAUCAAAAGAUACUGCCGAAUGUCAGGCUGCAGAGAGACAGGAGGCUGAACCCAUUACUGCUCAGAGGAAGAGGGAGCUGGAGCACUAUCUCAAACUGAAAAGUGACGGGUGGCUGCAAGACCACAGCGGCAAGUGGGUUAAAGACGAGAAUGUCGAGUUUGAUUCAGAUGAGGAAGAGCCGCUCACGCUUGCCCCAGCGCCUGCAAAUAAAUGAGAGCACCAGAAUGGUGUGGACACACAGAUAAAACCUGUACCACAGUGGUACGUUCACGAGGCACAGUGCUGCAUAAAACAGACAGCUCAAUGUGAAAACAAAAAUUUAACAGAUUUAUUCUGUUCAUCAGCCUUUUUAUGUUUUGUUUUUGUUUUUUUUGUUGUUUUGUUGUUUGUUUGUUUGUUUUUUUAAAGCUACUGAGUGUUCAGCGUCGAACUAUUUCUUCCAUCCAGGAUGUGAUCAAUAGAGGUUGCUACAGAGUCAGUCUUUAUUCAAGUGACAACUUUUCAUAUCCAGUUAUAUUUUAUGCUUAAGGCUGAACCUUUGUUGGCUUAUCAUAGUCCACCCUGAAAAGCAUUGAGUUGCAGGAAAGUGACAAGAAUUAACCAAUGGUCUCUGAAUUUGAGUACUUAUAUUCUCUAACAGCUUACUUAUCAGGGAGGAAAUCCCUCUACACCCAUAAAGAGUCCUGAAUGGAAGAGUCUGAAAUCGUUUACACCUGUGACAGAGACAAACCACUCAGUUACCGGCACUUUUCCUUAAAAUGUUCUGUGAAUAUUUUUUGUUACAUUAAAAUCCAACACCGCUCCUCCAAUCUGUUGAAAAGAUUUGUGUAAUGUGACCUCUGCUUGUGACCCUCCCCCCCGACAGGUUGUGCUUCUUCAUGCGGGAAGAGCAAGUUUGUCCCAAAGAUGUGUUAAGAUUUGGCUCUUUUGUCUGCUGCAUGUUUGAUUCCCUACUUGCACAAGCAGAUUAAGGUAACAUCAGAAUUCUGGGGAAGGUGAUGUUGGAAAGAUUCAUAUUCAAUACGACUGACCAAACUCUUCAUGUUAUUAAGAAGUUGGAAAAUACUCAAAUUGGCAUUUGCCUGAUUAUCUGGCAGAAAUUCAGAACAUUUUUAAAAUCUGUAUAGAAUUUAUACAUUAAAACAUCUGCCUUAGCUUUAAAGACAUAAAGAUUAAGACUGAAAAAGUCAUCCUGGACUGUUGAACAACUUUCUUCUUUUGUGGUGGAUCACUCACAAAACAUUGUCCCAACAUAUGUGAUAGCUCUGUUUUUUAAAACUUGUUAUUGUGAUGUAGUUGGGGGUUUGUGUUCAUUAAAUGAAAUUAGUUUUAUAAGAAAA